UCACCCGGUGUGGCACGCUGCUCAGUUCCUGAGCUGCUUAUAUCUACGUAUGUAGGCAAACACGUCGCUCUGUCGUUGUGUCUGUGGAGGAUUUUGCUUUCAUCGUUUCUUUUGCGACAGAGGGCGGACGUAACUUUACGCAGGGAAACAGGAGGUGAGGCUACACCUGAGGGAUAUUUGUCCUCGCCGAAUCUGUAAGCAGUUUGUCUUUUCCUCCCAACUCCACUUGUUGAUGGGGCACCGAGUGGUUAUCGGUGCAUUCGGUAAACGGAGUUACUCUUAUGCGUAAUUUGGACAAAACCCUGUCUGAGGGCAGGGAGAAGGAAGUUUUUUAGCCUUUUUGUGGCAGAUGGUUGGGAUGUUUGGCGACCGGUAACAGCCUUCGGCAUCAGAUCACAUUACACAAGCUGCUACCAGGUGAGCAGCGGCAUGGGGAACCAGAUGGACAGGCUGUCGCAUUUAAGUUACGCAGAAGUUCCCACAGUGGACCCCAACGGCGUGGACGCCGAGGACGGUCCGCGGAUCGGCGUCUCUUACAUAUUUUCCAACGACGACGACGAGCUGGAGGACGGCUGCGCGGUAGACGGCUCCGAUAAAGACCCGAAUCAGGAAGAGAAACAGUACGACCAGCGCGAAGAGGUGGAAUGCGCCGUCUACAACAGAGACGAAUGCAUUUACGAGAAGAGCGCAAAGUCGGUGAACCUGGAAGUUUACUCCCCAGAGAAUCUGCUAAACAAAUGCAAACCAGGUGAUCUGGUGGAGUUUGUGGCUACGGGUCAGUACCCGCACUGGGCGGUGUAUGUGGGAGACUUCCAGGUGGUGCACCUGCACAGAGCCGAGGUAAAGAACAGCUUUCUGACCGAUGCGAGUCAAGGGAGGAGGUGUCGGAUUGUUAACGAGCUGUACAAAUUCAAAGCUCUGGGUCAGGACAUGGUGGUGCAGAACGCGAUGGAGCAGGUGGGAUUAAAGGACCGGGAGCUGAGCUGGAGAAACUCUGAGUGUUUUGCAGCCUGGUGCAGGUUCGGCAAGAGGGAGUUCAAAAUGGGUGGGGAGAUACGCAUAGGCAAGCAGCCCUACAGGUUGAAAAUAUUCAUGACGGGCAAACAGCCGCACGUGCUGGAGUUUCAGAGUUUGGAGGACAUGAUCAUGGAGAAGAGGAGGAACGAUCACCUGGGCAGGACAGCCGUGCUUCGGGAGCUGGCCGCUCAUUACAGCAGGAUGGAGGAGAUCAAAAGCGAGCCGGGAGCUGAAUGAUAUCCGCUUAUUUGUGCUCUUCAAAAUAGGCUAAUUGCUUUGCAACUUAAGUGUAGAGUAGCCUUUACCGAACACAAUCGGUUACACUGUUCUCCUCCAGCCUGUAGCAAACAUCCAUAUCUUUGUUUUCUGUUAAAGCACAGAUGUCAUAAUUCCUACCUGAAUAUUGUCAGUCCAGCUGUGGAUUUUUGGUCCAUCAUUUUUUUUUUUAUUAGUUCAUCGAUGCUACUGCCUUAACGCCACAAUCUUCAACAUCCUCUGUUGCCAUAUGGCCUUAGCAAAUAUAAAUUCAGCUAUCUAAGAUAAAUUGAAUAGCCUGAUUUGCAUCCCCUCCCAAAAGCCUCUCCAAUCACAGAAUGUAUAGUUUUAUAAAAAGCUUUACACAUCUGACUUAAACUGUCAUGACUCUGUAAGUAGAGCAGAUUUUUUUCCCUCUAUUUAUAGUGUGUCUUGUUACUCGUGUGGUUCAACUUCAUCUCAUUUCACCCAGACAGCAGUGUGAGAGCUGCUCGCUGAAUACAAGCAGUGUUCAUUCUGCCCUUAAGGGUAAUCCUCACUCCAGCACAUCUGAAGAAAAUGUUGUGGAGCUUGUCUUUGUUAUCUGUACCCGAAGUUUAAGUAAACCAUGAAUCGUU